AUGAACUUUAUACCAGCCAAUGCAGGUGUAUUUUUAAUUUAUGGUGUUGCUUGGAUAUUACUUAUAGUAUCAUUUGGUACUUAUUGGUAUCGUAUGGAAAAUGCUAUAGCGUUUGAAACUAGUUAUUUUUCCUUUAACAAGAUAAAGACGGUAGAUGAUAAUGAUAACUAUUUUCCGAUUACAUUUGCAGAGGAAAGAUUAAAUGAGAGAUUUCUACAAAUACUAAAGAUAUCAUUUGCAUUUUCAGUGUUGGCAUGGGCCAUUCUUAGUUUGACAUUAUUGUUUAUCUUUCUUUCGCUUGCUGGUAUUCUCUCCAAAAUCCCAUUACCAUUGCCUGCCAUCACAAAAGUAAUUCUGCCUGUCAUUACACUAGGUCUUUGUCUCUUAUCAAUGUUUAUCUUUUUUGGUACAAGUAACGCUAGAUACGAGGAUUGUAGAGAACAUUUUAAAGAUUCUGCUUGUAUUAAAGAAGAAUUCACAUUUGUUUAUGACAAUUCAUGGGGAAAAGGUGGACCUUACACUGGUUGGAUUGUUGUUGUAGUUAGUACAUUUCUAGUUUUAGUUGGUGGAAUCAUUUCAUUUUUAUUUGCCAAUUAUGAUGGUACUACUCCUACUUAA